AUGCCUCAAUCGACAUGGGCGUCCAUCGCACGUGGGCCUCAUGCUACACCACCAUCGCCAACAGUACUCUUGGGACAACAGUCAACUCAACACCAUGACCUCCAUAUGCGUGCGCCUUGUCAAUCUGGUGAUCCCAAUGGAAGGCCAAUACACCCGCCACAGUCUUCAAUGGAUCAGCAGAUGGCUCUGCCGCGACAGCGCAAAGAUGCCCAUCGACCACGGACGGGGCCACCGCGGGCUCGGCCGGAGCAGAAUGGCAGUAAAGACGCCAAUACCUACGAGGAAGAAGAAGAGGACUGCUACGUCCUGACACUAUUAACUGACGGCCAGCACAACGCCGAGAUGUCGGCGCUCCGGCGGCAGUGGUUCCCCGCCAAGCUACGCAAGGUGGACGCGCACGUGACUCUAUUCCAUGCGCUGCCGGCGUCGCGCCUGGAGCAGGUGAGGGCUGAUAUCGGGGCCGUGGCGGCGCGCACGGCGAGGUUUCCGGUGCGGGCGCAACCUCGCGGGGUGUUUCGGAUGGGUAAGGGUGUCGGGGUUGAAAUGGACCGGGAGAGUCUUGCGCGGGUCAGGGCAUUGCGGGAGGGGUUGAGGGUGCGAUGGAAUAAUGAAGAGCGGGAGGUGGACCAAGACGGCACUGAUCAUGGAGAAGGGGGUUGGUUGAGUGAGCAGGAUGCUCGAAGAGGGUGGAAGGGUCACUAUACCGUCAUGAACAAGGAAAAUGACAGGGCGAGAAUGGAGGCGUGUUAUAAAGAGCUUUCACAUGACUGGAAGGGCAGCAAAGGAGUUGUUGGUGGACUGACCUUGUGGAAAUAUGACAAGGGAUGGUGGAAGAAGAGUCAAGAUUUCCACUUUAAAGAUUAG